AUGGGCAGCAACAGUGCAGUAUUACCCACUACAAUCCCGACAGUGGACAUCAGUCCAUUCCUCGACGAGAAUGCCUCCCCAGAAGCCAAGGAGCAAGUCGUCGACGCUAUGCGUGAUGCAUGCACCACCUUUGGUUUCUUCUACCUCGUCGGGCACGGAAUCCCCGAAGAAGACCGCCAGGCAGUCCUGAACUGUGCUAAACGAUACUUCUAUCUACCAAAGGAAGACAAGAUGGAGACGUGGAUCGGAAAGGCCAUGGGUCGCUCGUUCCGUGGCUACGAGCCACCCGCGCUGCAGGUGCACCAAGAGGGCCUCUUACCGGAUACAAAGGAGGUGAGUCGGCAUCCUCGCGAUAUUCUACGAGCAGUGCUAAUUGUAAAAGGGCUUCAUUAUCGGCCGAGAGACACAUGCAGACGCCCCAGAAGCUGGUACAUUUCACACGGGUCCUAA